UCCUACGGGGGCCUCGGCGGAUCCAGGCCUCCAACCAGAGGCAGCAUGCAGCCUAAGCAGGCCGCGAGCUGGUACCGGCGGAUGUCUGUGGUCUACGCAGUGGGCGCCUGGACCCUAAUGGGCUCCGUGUUUUUCCUCAACCGCAAAAAGAAGCCGUCAGGUAAUGAAGUAGAACAAAAGGAUAUCUCAACACAGGAAACUUCCGUUCAAACAAAUGAAAUACUCGAGGCUCCCAAAGGGUUUUAUGUGGAAACAAUUGUCACCUAUCGAGAAGAUUUUGUUCCAAUUACUGAAAAGAUCCUCAACUAUUGGAAAUCGUGGACUGGUGGCCGUGGUCCAGAAUCAUGAUUGAGUGCUAAAUUCUGAAAAUCAGGACUCGGGUUCAGUAUUGACACUCGAUAGAUGACUUGAUUUCCAUUUUAUGGUUGUGAAAAGUAUAUAUUUAAUAUGAUUUUUUUCUGUAAAAAUAUCACUGAUUAUGUGCAAUAAAUGUUUCCUUGAGAGAAACUGGA